AUGUCUAAAAUCGGCGUAUUCCCCGCUUCAGGCGGCCUUGGCUCGAGUAUAGUCGACCAUCUCCUCAAGCUGGUUCCAGCAUCAGAUCUCACUCUUAUCGCGCGGAGCCCCGAAAAGCUGUCAGCUGCCAAGACAGCCGGCGCAACAAUUAGACAAGCGAAUUACGACGAGCCAUCAAGUCUUUACAAUGCAUUUGAGGGCAUCGAGAUAUUGAUGCUAAUAUCAUAUGCGUCAUUUGAAAUCGAACAUCGCGUAAAUGUCCACAAAAGGGCAAUAGACGCAGCUAUUAACAGCGGUGUGAAACACAUCUUCUAUUCCUCACUUGCCUUUGCUGGGGACCUCACAGAUGACAGUGUCGCGCAUGUCAUGGGCGCGCAUGUCGCAACUGAGGAGUAUCUCCGCGAGCAAGAAGACAAGAUUACUCACACCGCUGUGCGUGAAGGAAUAUACUCCGAGUCAUUCCCAAUAUACACCGCAUGGUUCGAUCCAAAGAACCCCGUUGAGGAGAUCACAAUCCCGCACUCUGGGACAGCACCCGGUGUUGCGUGGGUAAAGAAGGAUGAGCUAGGUGAAGCAACUGCCAAGCUUAUUGUUUCGUAUUCAAAAGACCUCAAGGGUUUCAACUAUUUAAAUCAGAAGAUCUUGCUUUCCGGACAGAGGGAAAUUUCCCUGAAAGAGACUGUGGAGAUUUUGGGUCGUGCGAUUGGGAAACCAUUGACGAUUCGGGAGGUUUCUGUCGAUGAGUACGUGAAGCUUCCGCAGAUCGGAGAUAAGCAUACUUAUCAUGGGAAAAAUCUUUCGAGGGAGUGGGCUUCGGCUUGGAAGGCUAUUAAGCAGGGGGAGACUGCGGCGGUCUCUCCUGCUUUGGUGGAGAUUCUUGGCCGCGAGCCGGAGAGUUAUGAAAAGACCAUUGAGGCUCUUCUACAAUAG